AUGAACCAAGUCUUUCCACCUGGAAUUAUACGUGAAUUUUCUGAUUCAAAUCCUAUUCAAGCGAAAUUGGUCUAUUAUCGGGAUCCAUUUUGGAUGCCGUUUAUUGUUCCAGGAAAAGAAGGUUUUCACCAUGACAUUUUGAAUAGAAUUUCGAAUGUUUCUAAGUUUAUCAAUAUGGAGGCAUCGCAUUGCUUCGUUGGACGCCAUGUUCUUAUCAAAGAUCGAAGAAUUCAUCCAGAUGGGCAUCCAAUUAAAAGAGGAAUCAUUAAAAGACUACCAUCAUCAAACAAUGGCACAUAUUGUAUUUAUACAUUGGAUUUUGGUAUAAAAAUUCCAGUUGAAUUGAGGUGCAUUCACAAAAUUGGUGAAGAUCUGAUUUCAAUUCCACCUACGCUUUUCAAUGCGCGGUUGAUGGGGAUUAAGCCAAUCAGUAAAUUUACAUUUCUAAGAGGAAAUGUUACGAAUGCAUAUUUUGUUAUGAAAGAAUUAGAUUCUGCAGCGAAUAUUUUUGUUUAUAUUAGACGAUGUUAUACAUUGAAUGAUGGAACUAUUUACGUUCAGGUCAUUUCAACUAAAAAUGGAUUUCGAGUUGAUUGGGCAGCGGAAAUGAUUAUUUGUCGAACUUCGUUAAAAUAUUAUGAAAAUUAUGGAUGUUUCCGUUCAGAUCAAAAUUAUUGUUAUACCUUUCAUUUCUUAAAUCAAUACUUUGACAAAACUAUUAAUAAAUGUUACCGCAUCCAUGAUUGUCCUUUCUGUGGAAAUCAGCAUCGUUUGAUUUAUUGUGGCUCGUAUCAAAAAGCUGACCAAAAUUUGAUUAACCUAGAAAAUCGCAUUUAA